GUAUGGAGUGCGGCUCUCUGCUUCUGUUUGUGGCUAAUGAUAUAUCCAGGAUGGAUUGUGACGAGGCUGCAGGACUUCUGAUUGCCAAGGGACCCCAAGCAGCAGCCACUCUUGAUCUUGUUUCCUGUAGGAGCAGUCACUUGGAGGGAAGAGAGAAAUACCUGUGUUCCGCGCUGGAGGAUUGUAGCAUUCAGCGGAGCGGAGCUCGAUGGUCUUCAGAGCAACUCAGCACACAAAAGAGGCUUUCCCCGAGCAAAACGCAAGAGUGCGAAUCCCAGGAGCCAAACGCCCUCCAGAAGAGAAAAGCAGCAGCAUCUAUUAAUUUGUCAAGGAACCUGUUGGAGCCUGCCUUGAUUUUCAAACUCUUGUCCUCCAAUUCUGUGUUGGUAACAGAGUGCCGAGUUUCUGACGUAUUUGGAAGUGGCUUCCUUUUCUGUAGCACUUCUCGUGAGAGCCGCAUCACAAGCGUCAGUGGCAGCAGGAGCUCGAGUCAGGAUGGCUCUGGGAUGGAAGAGCUCGGAGCACCCAUAAGACAGCACUCCACUCCUGAGCCAGCUGGCGCUCACACGGUGCCCGGACCGCCGCUCACUGUGCAGGACGGUCUUUCGGGAGAGCAGGAUAGCGCUGCUGGGAAACCUGGACACGAGCAGAGCUGAUGGAUGAAACUCAAUGUUCUCUGUUAGACAAGAAGUCACUCCAAGGGACCGUUGGGUCUGGCGUGCUCCACACUGAAUAUAUAGCUCCACAAUGAACACUGCAAGAGUAAGGCUUGUAUUAGCUUUCAAAAUCUAAUGAGGAGCUGAGAGGUAGGAGCAUGAAGAUGGAAGUCCUCCAAAAAGGAGACAUUUAUUACACCGUGACUUCGUUUGUAAGACUUAGUAUAUUUUUUUUAUUGCUCCAAGAGUCUGCUCAGUAAUUGGUGCUGCCCUAUUAUUGCAACAGAAUUAAUUGCACAGUGGCUAUUUCUAAGCACUAGGGAUCYUCUCCAGGCAGCGAUGGACGAAAUAGCUCAACGUUCGUAACCUUCAGAUCUGGACCAGCGUGGGAGUUCU